GCCGCGGCCCGGAUCGGGAAGUGUCAAGCGGGAGCCGGGUUCCCCCGCCUUCGCCGCUGCCGCCGCAGAACCCGGACCCCCUACCCAGGCCCGGGCCCAGUCGCCAUGACGAACGUGUACUCCCUGGAUGGGAUUCUGGUGUUCGGUUUGCUCUUUGUUUGUACUUGUGCCUACUUCAAGAAGGUACCUCGUCUCAAAACCUGGCUGCUGUCAGAGAAGAAAGGAGUUUGGGGUGUGUUUUACAAAGGUAAGGUCAUGUGUGGACACAGAGGAGAUUGCCAUCUCUCACAGUGUGGUGUGACUUAUUCUCUGCUUUUCCCUGCCAGCUGCUGUGAUUGGAACCAGGCUGCACGCGGCUGUGGCAAUCGCCUGUGUUGUAAUGGCCUUUUACGUCUUGUUUAUAAAAUGAAUUCCAAAGUAGCCACCUCAUCAACUGCCAACCAAGGGGACAAGGGUGAAGAACCUCUCAGAGGCCUGGACGCAGCGUAGGAGAGUUCAGCUAAAACCAUCAAAGUCCCCAGGAUGACAGCACAGCGUCUGCCCCUGCCGUUUGUGGGGAGAACUCCUCGUGCUCCAGAGGACUCCAGCCAGCCAGCUUCCUUUGAUCUCUGUGUAAAUCUGUCCUCAGUAGUGAGCGGAGAACAUCCCGACAAAUCAUUCCCUCAGCAGCAAGAUUACAUCCCUCCUGCUUACAAACCUGUUACUGUUUUGUUCUUCAGCACCUUGUCAGGAUCUUUGCAAAACUGAGGCUUGUUAGGGAAGGACGUAGGCCGUGCUCAGACUCUCGGAAGGAGAGCUCAUUUCCAAGACUGGACUCUUUUCUUCCCUGUUAGAUUCGGAUUUGACAAAUCGGGAAGGGGGUGCUGGGUGGGCGAUAGGAAUUAUGAAAUGCCAGUAAGAUGUUUGUCUUUCGAAUUUAUCUUUCUUAAGCCCAUCUGGGAACAUGAGAGAGAAGCACGGCUGCCCUUGUAGAGAGAGCAGAUGAAGGAGCUGUGCCACGUGCUGGAGCCUGAGCGUUUUGCCAGGAGAAUCUGCGCUUACGUAAAAUUCAGGAACUGUCUGUGAUGAAAACACGAAGCAGACACUUAGAGGAGAAAGCGUUUUCUGUUCACCAGUAUCCCCAAAAGGCGGCUUCACUCAAUUAAAUGGCGUAUGAAAAUUA